GAGACGAGUAAUAUACUCUGCUAGCUAACUGUUUGUCAGCUCAGUGCACGUACAGUAGAGUGGUGUCUCGAUUACCCUUCUCCUCACAGUCACAGAGCGGGCUCUCGCUCUCAUUCAUUCACAAUCUCUCUCUCGCUCUGUUCCGCGCUGUCUCGCUCGCUCUCUCUCUCACUCCGUCUCCCAGCUUCUCUUACUCACCCUCUUUCUGUCAGAUGUGGAGGGGAAACCACCUGCCACCAGGUCCUGUUGAGUGAGGACACAGACAUCCAACAAAAAGUCCUGAAAACUGGAUCUGAAGACCUGACACAAGGACGGGUUCAACCCAGUAUCUGAAUACCGGACAACAGGGACUAUCUGUGGGGACUGGCUCAGAGACUCAGAGGGCAGAGUUGUUGACUCUGGGAGCCAACAGAGCUCCAAGAUGGGAAGUUUCUUUGGCUCAGGAUGGAAAAGGACUUCCUCAUUACCGCAUGACAAUUCACAGUUGUUGCCCAGGAUCCGUUGAAUGAAUGGCUUGACCCUAGUAAGUACUAAGUAUGAGUACACACAGCCUUAACUCCAGUACAAGACAGACAUAACUAAGGAACAAAAUACUCAUCAUACAUCAAUCCCAGAGUCCGUUGAAUGAACAGGCUAGACCUGCGUAGCCUGCCCCGGGCGGAGGGAUCCCAGGUGUCUACCUGAGGUUUUUGUUCCGUUUUAUGGAGGCGUUGCACAGCUGCAGCCACUUGCCGACUGGGGAGCAGUCCAGAGGUCAUGACCAGCCUCAGCCAGAAGAGUCUGCUCUGCCUCUCGCAGACCCUGAGCCUCCCAAAUCUCCCUCCUCCCAGAACAAUCAACUGCAGACACAACAGACUCGCUCCAAACAAGGAGGCCCUCAACAUCAACAACAACAACACCACAAACUGCCUAAUAAGAGGGAGCGCAAGCGUCUCCGACAUCAGAGGCAAAGUGUUGAUUCAGACACCCCACUGUCGGAAGAGGGUAAGCAUGCAAAGGCAGAGGCAACACAGACUAGAGUGUCACGGACACCGUCUGGGGGGACCCCGGCAACUCCCUCCUUAUCAACCACCUCCACCCAGUCUACAGAGGCUCCUGCCACAGAGGAGAACCAGGAGGGCACCCUGAAGCAGAAACGGGAGCAUAAGCCUGGAAAACCUGGGAAAUAUGUGUGUUCUUACUGCGGCCGUGCCUGUGCCAAGCCCAGCGUUCUGCAGAAACACAUCCGAUCCCACACUGGAGAGAGGCCCUACCCCUGUGCUCCCUGCGGAUUUUCUUUCAAGACCAAGAGCAACCUCUACAAGCACCGGAAGUCCCAUACCCACAGGGUGAAGGCCGGCCUCGCCUCUGGAGAGCCCAGUGCUUUAGAAGAACCAAUGCCCGUGUCAGAAGAUGAAACCAGACAACCAUCGUCUGCUGCCUCCUCUAACUUGGAGAGACAUGGCAGUGUUGCCAAUGAGAAGAUGCACGAAGACACAGAGAGGUCUAAAGAGCAGUCCAGUGGGAUGGACAACUCCUACGCAGUCAAGAAGAGGCUGGCCAUGCGUUUGAGCCGAGGGAAACGUGGCCCUCUAGGCUCGUCUGACUCGAUCAGUUCCUCGUUGGGUAUGGCAAGUAUAGGGAGUAGAGGCAGCACAGAGUCUGGCUAUUUCUCUCGCUCUGAGAGCACUGAGCAGUCGCAGGACAUCCCACCCAAUGCAACAAGUGCCAAAAGCUACGCAGAGAUCAUCAUGGGGAAAUAUGGCCGUCUGGGCCACCUCCAGAGGAUGUCCCGGCAUCAGGACCAGCAGCCUUCUGGAAGCCAGGGACAGCAGGAGAAGAGCAGCCCGUUCACAGUGCCCAAGAAGCAGGUCAUUGACCACAUCACCAACCUCAUCACCAUCAACGAGGCUGUGGUGGACACAAGUAAGAUAGACAGCGUUAAGCCCAGGAGGUUCUCUCUGCCUAGGAGAAGUAGCAAUGAGUCUAGCUCUAAGGUUACUCUAUCUCUGAAAGAGCCACAGGUCGUCCACCACAGCACCAAAAACCCUGGAGACCCAGGAUUUAAGAGCAGUGGUUCCAUCACUAUGGGAGUUCCGUGUGAGAAGUUCCAUCAUCACCAGUCACUACACGUGGAUUCAACGGCAGGCCUGUCACCCACUUCCAUGGCUCCUCUUCUGAGAAGCCUCUCUAUGCCCUCUGCUGCUAGUUCAACUGAUGCCUCUUCUGACGUCUUCCCACGAAACUUCCGCCUUAGCCAAUCUUUCGAUGAACGGUCUGAAACACAGACUCGCCGCACCGGGAUGCUACGACGCCAGCCUGCUAUCGAACUACAACCCGGUGCUGAAUUGACUAAAGAGGAACAUAGUUUACACAGUAGCUCCAACACACUCUACAAUCACAAUAUGUCCACCGUGCCUCCUGAUCACAAGCAAUGUCAACCAGAGCCGUACGAGUGUGAGACCUGUGGCGUUGGAUGUAAGAACUGGGAAGGUUAUAAGGCACACAAGAGAAGUCUUUGUAUAGCACGACUUCCCCAAGAGAGUCUUGGUACAACAAUAUGCCAGCUGGACCGUUCACAGUUGAUACACUAUCCGAUUAGCAAACCAGGGGCUUUGGCAAUGCGCAAGAGAAGGAAAGAGGAGAGUUUUGAAUCUGAUGAUCCAUCCUCUCCUGUGUCUUUAUCCAUACCCACCUUCUCCACGUCGGUGCAAGGCAGAGACCGAAAAAGUGUAGCAUGCAAUAGAAACUCAUGGCCAUGGGUAGAGCAGGAGCGUGGAGACACAUCAAAAUGUUUCUCAGUGAUUCAGCAUACUAGUUCAUUUGAGAAACAGGACCCUUUGCUUACAGACAGUCAAGGUAAAGAGGAGGCGCAUUUUGGUUUUCUAUCUCAUGAGGAUGUGUCUCAGAAACAACUGCAGGAACACUCGUCCAAACCAACACCUCGCAAACUGGUGCGCCAACACAAUGUUCAAGUCCCGGAGAUAUUCAUCACUGAGGAUUCCAACACCAAUGUUAUUGAGUCUGUUCAGACACAGUCAGAAACGACAUCCAUAAUGCCUAAACAGACUGAGAGGACAGACGAGUUCCAGUGGCCACAGAGGAGCCUCACUCUGUCUGGGGUCCCCAUCGAGAAGCUGCCCCCGAAGAAGAAACGUAUUCGUCUGGCUGAGGCCGCCCAGUCUUCAGGGGAGUCCAUGUCCAGCUUUGACUCCAUCUCCCUGCCUCGCAGCCCCAGCCAGGACAGCUGUGCAUCCCACGCAUCUAGCCGCUCUGCAUCCUUCGAGGAGUCCACCAGACCUGGAGAUAUGGAGACCCUGGCUGGGACACCAUUGAGGAGGUCUAGGGCCCCUAACAUGUUGACCGUCCCAGGGCUGCAUCUUCACAAAAGGGAGAUGCGGCGGUCGGUCUCAGAGCAAGCACCUCACGACCCACAGCAGCAGUCUGUCCUGAUGGCGAUGUUGGAGAUGCGGAGCAAGUCCUUUGACUACAGCAGUUUGUCCCCUGAGCGCUCCGCGGCCGGCUGGAGUGACAGACGCAAAUGUCUCCUCAUGAGACACACUGCGGUCAAGGACCCAGAGGAGGAGCAGCCUGCCAAACCUGCAGAACUACAGCGGAACCCCAGUUCCUCCAUUUCUGCCAAACACACAGCACUAAAGGUGAACAAUCCUUCUCACUGUAGCCCCAGUCCUGACCCUGUCAGUCCCAGCACUUCUUCCAAACUAAGCCCAGGUCCUCGACGCCUUAGUGCGACUGCUGGUUCCCCUCUGUCAGGAGAACCCACAUCAUGUAACCGUGUACAAACUCUUUGCCAAGAGCCCCCCUCACAAUGGAAACUGGGUCAAAGUAUUAAUUUGACUGGACAUUGCUCUGAAGUCCUACCCUCAAAGAACUCUGUAGAAUCUCCUGACCGCCUCCAGAGGGUAGACCCAUCACCUCUCUGUUCAGGGAAACCUCUAAUUAUCUCCCUCCGUCCUGUCCACACCUACAUCCAUCCUGCCCAACCCCAACCCCGUCCCGUCUACCCUCCCCACCCCCUCUCCACCCAGUGCCCAUUAGGGAUAGCUAGGGCCCACUACCUUCCAAUGUCCACAGGCCUGAAGCUGGAGAUACCAGUCCCAAUUCACAGUCAUGAUGGACCUUCAGAGUUUGUAACACAUCCUCCGUUGAUCCUCCCUAACAUCUCACGUAGCCCAGAGUUACUCCGGCCCUCUAUAUCACCAGCAGUAGCAGUAGUCCGGCUACAGGCAGACACCAACACCCUAGCCAGUGCCAUAUACACCACUCAGUCCCAAACCACAACAUCUAGGUCCCAGGAACCUGUGUGUUCUGGGUUAAACAGUGGCAAUAGAAAUUCCCCAAUGCCUGAACAUAACAGCCACCUGGUCAUGUCUCUGCCUGUAAGUAGCAAGAUGUUGUCUGGGACUCUGCUACCAGUCAGCCAGUUGGCUCUGCCUCCAGGCAACCACUUGCCUUUGCCUCUGCCUUCAGGCAGCAAAUUGUGGUCCGAUGAGGGCUGUAGAUCUCCGGGCUCAGGGAGCAACAAGCGAUUGUUGUCCCCUUCAAACAGUGUCGAUUUCAGCCCUGAGUCCAAACAGCAGCAGAAACGAGUGAAGGAGGAGGAAGAAGAGGCGAGUUGUGUAGGAAACGUAAUCGUGGAAACAUCCACAAAAGAAGAAAAGGUUGAGAUUCCAACAUGUUUACCGAGGGUGUGUACUCCAAUAAGUCCAGAAAGACCUUCAUAUCCGACCCUCCAGUCCACCACCUCUCACAGCUGGUGUUAUCUGAACUACGUCAAGCCAAACCCCUCCACCUCCACCUCGACUGACCACCAGCCCUCAGUGUACUCCUCUUGGUCUACCAGUGAGUAUGACCCCAACCCUCCAGGCCUCUCCAGCAAGACAGCCCUGUCCCUGUUGGACUGCAAGCAGAGGGUCUGCCCCGCCAUCUACACCAUGUCUCCCAUGUCAUCCACCCCGGCAGAGACUCCACCAGAGCCCACCGGCAUGAAGACGCCAUGCCAUUCUGAGGUACAUGCCACUCUGCCCGGCGACAGCCACCAUGUCAAGACAACAGAGCAAGAGCAGUCCGCAGAGGACAAGGAGCUAAAGAAAGAACGAGAGGAGGAGGACGAGAAGGAAGAGGAGGAAAAAGAAGAAGAGACCCAGUCAACCAGCAAAUGUAGAGAACCUCCAACUCGAAUCUGGAUCUGUGAGGGAGGCUACAGGUCAAGUGAGGAGUAUGUGUACGUGCGGGGUCGAGGCAGGGGCAGAUAUGUGUGUGAGGAGUGUGGCAUCCGCUGUAAGAAGCCUAGUAUGCUGCGUAAACACAUCCGCCUGCACACCGACUCACGACCCUACGUCUGCAAGCACUGCAACUUCGCCUUCAAAACCAAAGGGAACCUCACCAAACACAUGAAGUCCAAGGCCCAUGGGAAGAAGUGCCAUGACGGGCCAAUGACUGGUUCUGAGGCUGAAGAAGACUGCUCAGUCUGGCCAGAGACAGGACAGGAUGAGCACCGGUACUCUGACAUCAGCGAAACUGAAGCAGACGACGAUGACAACGAGUAUGAUGAUGAAGAUGAUGAUGAUGGUGAAGAGGAGUCCUGGUCCCAUGAAGACCCUUCCACCACCUCAACAAGCCACUUGAAGCCACCCAAACCCCCAGACCAGAACAGAACCACAACAGACAGGGACAGGACCAGACCAUCUGGGUCAAGCCAGCCCAGCCAGCCCCAGGAGCCAAGCCUCUGUUACCCUGCUGGUUCCCCCAGCAAGAAGAGAGCUCUAUUCUCUCGGAGGAGGCACCUGGACCCCUGUGGUCACCGCUCCCCAUUGCACUGUCCAUCACCAACUCCAGCCCUGUCUCCAUCCCUAUCCCUAACCAAUCAGCUUUCUCCUGCUCACUCCCUAUCCCCUAGAGCGGACCUGGCUCCUCUCCGAUGCCCUUCCCCCAGGCGUUACCUCUCCCCUGUCUCCUGCCAUCCCUCCCCUCCACCUCUCUCAUCCCUGUUUCCUAGGCAUAACCUCUCCCCUGCCCCCUCCCCACCCUCCUCUCUGUCCCUGCUAGGUUGUCAUGUCUCCCCCUCCCUAGAGAGACAUCCGUCCCCCCUAAGAGGCCUCUCGCCUGUCAGGCCCAAGUCCCCCAGCUCCCCUUCCCCUCAGGCCACCAUCCCUGCUCAAAACAGAGCCUGUCUGCCCAGAGACCCAUCUUCAAAUCCCCACAGGGACAGACCUGCUACGGCUACAAGCUCCAAGGCAAGGCUGCUGAAGAGCUACUCUGUUCAGGAGGACGAUGAGGUGCGUCUCCCUCUCCUGUCCCCCAGGACUAGACCAUCCCGAGGGGGCCACGGUGGUGUCCUCAGCCACCUGCCUCUCCACUCUCAGCAGCUAGCCAGGACCCCCAACCUGAUGAUCCCCAUUGGGGGGAUCCACAUGGUACAGCCCAGGACCAGUCGUCACUUCAGCCUGGUGAAUAGCCCUGUGGCAUCACAGAACACCCCUACCCCGGCAAAGAUGGACCGGUCCAUGGCAGCCCAGAACACCCCUACCCCAGCAGAGAUGGACCAAUCCAGGACCAGGGGAGCUGGACUGGAAGAAGGGCCACUUAGUAGGCCUUCAUCGCUGAAGCACCAUCAAAACCCUCUGAUAGAAGCGGCUGGGCCGAGCACAAGCAUGCACACCAGCUACCAGGACAACAGGGUAGGAGAGGGAGAGGCCGACGGCAGACUUUCAGGACCUCUCCCAGACAAGGCAGGUACGGCCCAUUUACAGGUGUGCUCCAUGAGACCUGAGAAUCAUGGGAGUUUGAGUCAAAGGGAAGAAACUAAACUACUGUUCACUGGGACAGAGCUAGGAGGCAGCUCACACAGUCCAGGCGCCCAAACGAGCACUUUGUCCAAGGGAACCACACACACAGAAAGAGAUACAGAUGCACACGUUAGAGGAGGGAGUCUUUUUCCAGUGACUAAACAAGGCCAAAAGAUGCCAUCUUCUUUCCAGACUAAACUCUGAUAGGAAGGAGCACCUUUAGGGAACAGUGCAACAGACUUGUCUUGGGUACAUCUGAUAGGGCAGCGUUUUUCCUACAUAGGGGAUACGGUGCCAUAUCAGACACAGACAAGGUCUCAGAGCUAGAAGCAGUUCUGGUUUUGAGACUGAAGAAGAUGGAAAGAAUCCAAGUAGAGAACUCAGGAGCGUACGACUUCUGACUAUAAUGUGUAAUUAUAUUAUGUAAUUAUAUGAAUGAUAUAUAGAUACAGUUAAAGUCGAAAGUCUACAUACACCUUAGCCAAAUACAUUAAAACUCAGUUUUUCACAAUUCCUGACAUUUAAUGCUAGUAAACAUUCCCUGUCUUAGGUCAGUUAGGAUCACCAUUUUAUUUUAAGAAUGUGAAAUGUCAGAAAAGUAGUAGAGAUAAUGAUUUAUUUCAGCAUUUAUUUUUUUCAUCACAUUCCCAGUGGGUCAGAAGUUUACAUACAUUCAAUUAGUAUUUGGUAGCAUUGCCUUUUAAAUUGGUUAACUUGGGUCAAACGUUUCUGGUAGCCUUCCACAAGCUUCCCACAAUAAGUUGGUGUGAAUUUGGCCCAUUCCUCCUGACAGAGCUGGUUUAACUGAGUCAGGUUUGUAGGCCUCCUUGCUCGCACACGCUUUUUCAGUUCUGCCCACAAAUUUUGUAUGGGAUUGAGGUCAGUGCUUUGUGAUGGCCACUCCAAUACCUUGACUUUGUUGUCCUUAAGCCAUUUUGCCACAACUUUGGAAGUAUGUUUGCGGUCCAUUUGGAAGACCCAUUUGCGAUCAAGCUUUAACUUCCUGACUGAUGUCUUCAGAUGUUGCUUCAAUAUAUCCACAUAAUUGUCCUGCCUCAUGAUGCCAUCUAUUUUGUUUAGUGCACCAGUCCCUCCUGCAGCAAAGCACCCCACAACAUGAUGCUGCCACCCCCGUGCUUCACGGUUGAGAUGGUGUUCUUCGGCAAGCCUCCUCCCUUUUCCUCCAAACGUAACAAUGGUCAUUAUGGCCAAACAGUUCUAUUUUUGUUUCAUCAGACCAGAGGACAUUUCUCCAAAAAGUACAAUCUUUGUCCCCAUGUGCAGUUGAAAACCAUAGUCUGGCGGUUUUGGAGCAGUGGCUUCUUCCUUGCUGAGUGGCCUUUCAGGUUAUGUCGAUAUAGGACUAGUUUUACUGUGGAUAUAGAUACUUUUGUACCUGUUUGCUCCAGCAUCUUCACAAGGUCCUUUGCUGUUGUUCUGGGAUUGAUUUGCACUUUUCGCACCAAAGUACGUUCAUCUCUAGGAGACAGAACGUGGUACCUUCCUGAGCAGUAUGACGGCUGCGUGGUCCCAUGGUGUUUAUACUUGUGUACUAUUGUUUAUACAUAUGAAUGUGGUACCUUCCUGAGCAGUAUGACGGCUGCGUGGUCCCAUGGUGUUUAUACUUGUGUACUAUUGUUUAUACAGAUGAAUGUGGUACCUUCCUGAGCGGUAUGACGGCUGCAUGGUCCCAUGGUGUUUAUACUUGUGUACUAUUGUUUAUACAGAUGAAUGUGGUGCCUUCCUGAGCAGUAUGACGGCUGCGUGGUCCCAUGGUGUUUAUACUUGUGUACUAUUGUUUAUACAGAUGAAUGUGGUGCCUUCCUGAGCAGUAUGACGGCUGCGUGGUCCCAUGGUGUUUAUACUUGUGUACUAUUGUUUAUACAGAUGAAUGUGGUGCCUUCCUGAGCAGUAUGACGGCUGCGUGGUCCCAUGGUGUUUAUGCUUGUGUACUAUUGUUUAUACAGAUGAAUGUGGUGCCUUCCUGAGCGGUAUGACGGCUGCGUGGUCCCAUGGUGUUUAUACUUGUGUACUAUUGUUUAUACAGAUGAAUGUGGUACCUUCCUGAGCGGUAUGACGGCUGCGUGGUCCCAUGGUGUUUAUACUUGUGUACUAUUGUUUAUACAGAUGAAUGUGGUACCUUCCUGAGCAGUAUGACGGCUGCGUGGUCCCAUGGUGUUUAUACUUGUGUACUAUUGUUUAUACAGAUGAAUGUGGUACCUUCCUGAGCGGUAUGACGGCUGCAUGGUCCCAUGGUGUUUAUACUUGUGUACUAUUGUUUAUACAGAUGAAUGUGGUACCUUCCUGAGCGGUAUGACGGCUGCGUGGUCCCAUGGUGUUUAUACUUGUGUACUAUUGUUUAUACAGAUGAAUGUGGUACCUUCCUGAGCAGUAUGACGGCUGCGUGGUCCCAUGGUGUUUAUACUUGUGUACUAUUGUUUAUACAGAUGAAUGUGGUACCUUCCUGAGCGGUAUGACGGCUGCAUGGUCCCAUGGUGUUUAUACUUGUGUACUAUUGUUUAUACAGAUGAAUGUGGUACCUUCAGGCUUUGGAAAUUGCUCCCAAGGAUGAACCAGACUUGUGGAGAUGUACAUUUUUUUGCUGAGGUCUUGGCUGAUUUCUUUUGAUUUUCCCAUGAUGUCAAGCAAAGAGGCACUGAGUUUGAAGGUAUUCCUUCAAAUACAUCCACAGGUACACCUCCAAUUUACGCAAAUGAUGUCAAUUAGCCUAUGAGAAGCUUCUAAAGCCAUGACACCAUUUUCUGGAAUUUCCCAAGCUGUUUAAAGGCACAGUCAAGUUAGUUUAUGUAAACUUCUGACCCACUGGAAUUGUGAUACAGUGUAAUAUAAGUGAAAUAAUCUCUGUAAAUAUUUGUUGGAAAAAUGACUUGUGUCAUGCACAAAGUAGAUGUCCUAACCAACUUGCCACAACUAUAGUUUGUUAACAAGAAAUUUGUGGAGUGGUUGAAAAACGAGUUGUAAUGACUCCAACCUAAGCGUAUGUAGACAUCCGACUUCAACUGUAUGUUGAAUAUGCAGUAUAUGUUUUGCAAUCUUUUUUUACACUCUUAUUUUGUUUGAUGUCAUUGAUGUUAAUUUAUUAUUGAUGUGCUCUUAUGCAAUUCUGUACUAUCUUCUGUGAGAGCUGGAAUGAAAUGUAGAUGAUAAAGAUGUUAUUAAGUUCAACUCUUCCCUCAUUGACACCUUUGAUAACUCUAAUACAUUAUACUACCCUUGCGGUGUUAAUACUGUAUGAUUUACAGGUGUAGGAUCUUAUUGUCUCAGAUAAGUAAUCCUCCAGCACCAGGAUUUGAACGUUUAGACCAUAAUGUUGCUUGAUCGGUGGUUAAGCUAUUAGCUGGUCAAAAAUAGGCUAUGAGAAAAGUGCAAUUCCAUUAAUAUAACCGUGUAUUAGUGUGGGUUUUCAGUGAAUUCAUGUAAAUCACAAAGCUCAUCUGCAUUUCCUGUGGUGCUGGAAAAUUAUCAUCAACAAAAAGAGUGGUCAAAUUAAGAUCCUACCCAGGUACGAUCAAAUAGAAAGGUACUAUAAAUCUACUCACGCUGACCAGUAUUUUGAAGUGCAAUUUCUGUAAAGAUUGUGGCUUGAAAUUUCAUUGUUAAUGACUGUGAUUAUUUUUUGUUUAAUGUUAAGUUGGAAUCCUUAAUGGUGAAACAGCCACGUCCGUUUGCGAUAUUAAAACAAUAAAUAAGUCACUGCAAAAAUGUACACUUUUUUUCUUCUUCACUCGGUACAGCGUUGGACGCGCGCUAGAACGGUGGAAUAUGUACCGCAUGUUCUUUUACCACGCUGUGCGACGCUCGCCGCUCUGCUUCGUCAACAAAACCAAAGCCACGACAGUGGCGCCGUUUCCCCACUGCGGAUUCCAUCUGUAAAGAUUGUUCUUUAAAAAAAAAACGUUAUCUGUUUGUUUUGGAGAAUCAGGGUCAGAAUAAUAUCUUAUUUUCUACUAUCUUGUUGAGACAAAAUAUUGGAAUAAUAAUACGCAUUCGUGGUAGAAAAGCUUACUGCACUCAUUGGAUAGUCAUACAUUUAUCUUGUUUUGAUCAUCUGCUGUACAUGGUGCAGUCUAUAUUUAUUGUCAUAAACACAGUAGUAACAGGUCGUUUUAUCAAUUUUAUCAGUUUCCAUAUUUGUCAUUUUCAUGUAUUUUGCCAUUAAAACUCGUUUUUACAGAUUUGUAAUGAAAUGGUG